GCUAAAGAGCCGCUCUUUGUCGCCUGGCGAGGAAGCUUCUCAAAGUUUUGGCGGGUUUUGUUUGAACGAACGGUUUGUGGAAUUGCGGUAACAAAAACCUUUGGUAUUUGAGGAAGCUUUGGAAGCCCUGCCGAGCAGCUACCGCGGUGUAAAUAUUAGUGGUUAAAUACCGGAGUAUUGUGAAAUAUUGUCACAUAUUGUUACCGAGUACGAGUAAACAAAUUUUCAAUGGAGGAACAGUGCGGUUCUGGUUGUGUACUCAACGUAACGAGUGAGAUCGAGAAUCGUGACUUGGAGUCAGAGGACGUUACUUUUCCGCCACAGUUGAGAUUCACGGAACAAUCACUUAGCGUGGUUAUCGUAUACUGUCUAUUAUUCGUGAUAGCUGCGGUGGGAAAUUUGACAGUAUUCAUCACUCUGUCACGUGGAAGGCACCGGAAGUCCAGGAUAUCGCUAAUGAUAACGCACCUGGCAGUCGCCGACCUUCUCGUUACCUUUCUAAUGAUUCCGCUUGAGGUUGGAUGGCGUCUGACGGUUCAAUGGCUCGCUGGAAAUUUGGCUUGCAAGGUUUUCCUCUUCCUUCGAGCGUUUGGUCUUUAUUUGUCGAGCAACGUCCUGGUCUGCGUCUCGUUGGACAGGUAUUUCGCGAUCUUGCACCCUCUAAAGUUGAACGACGCCCGGCGUCGCGGAAAGAUAAUGCUGAUUAUUGCGUGGAUCUGCAGCCUUAUCUACGCAGUGCCGCAGAGUUUCGUCUUCCACGUGUCAUCUCACCCCGAGUAUCCGAACUUCCACCAGUGCGUCACAUUCGGAUUUUUCAUGAACCAAGCGGAGGAGAUAGCCUACAACCUGUUCUGCGUUGUUGCCAUGUAUUUCGUACCCCUCUUGGUAAUCUGUUGUACUUACACCAAGAUAUUGUGCGAGAUAAGUACCAAGAGUCGCGAGAGCAGAGAAGACACUGGGCGAUCGGAAGGCGGACGAACCAAAACCAAAAGAUGCACAAACAGUGCCACUGGAGGGCGAUUGGCUUUGCGUAGAUCGGACACAAGCACCAUAGAAAGGGCCAGGGGCAAGACACUGCGUAUGACUAUCACGAUCGUAUCGGUGUUCAUUCUUUGUUGGACUCCGUACGUCGCGAUGACUUUAUGGUACAUGUUCGAUAGGGAGAGCGCGAUGAGAGUCGACACUUGGCUCCAGGACGCCCUCUUUAUCAUGGCCGUGGGAAAUUCCUGUGCCAAUCCCCUGGUCUAUGGAAGUUACGUCGUCAACUUCCGACAUGAAUGUUCGAGGUGUUUGUGCCUCUGUUCAAACACCUCGGAAGCAAAUCUUGACGUCAGAUUGACCUGUCGAAGCAGGGGAAAAUGAAACGACACCGCUGUGUAGAGAGCGGUUGCACUGACGCUCUCUAAAGAAAGAGACAUGCACUUCUGAUUGGAAGAAACAGGGGAGCAUAGCAAGGCUAUCAAGUCCUCCAACCCAGUGAUAAAUUGCAAAACGGACAUUCGGAAAGUUAUAAGGAAUCCUCUUUCGAUUUGCGGUGAUUUUUGAACUUCUCAACCCGUCCCAAGUGAAUUUGUGACUGAUCAGUGUGAUAUGGAUUCAAGGAUUUCUCCACAGAGAGUUCAAAGUUGACUUUUCAGUGGCGCUAAAACUCAAUGGAUAAUGAAUUCAAAUUUGGGAUGUUAGCUGCGCAAUUUCCUUGCGUGUUGACGAUUAAUGGAAAAACUGUUCACUGUUACAUCUUGUAUAUAUAUAUAUGUAUAUAUAGUGUCUAUAUGGUAAAAAUUACGAUUACCUAAUAAGAUUACGUGACUAACGACAGAUCCUGUUACUGUAUUAUAAAGAAUGCAAAUUCGAAAAUUUAGGUGACUUGAAAAAUUAACGACGGAGCCAGGAAUCGAACCUGGUGUCUAGAGAUGCUUUACCGGAGACUUACUCCACUAGACCACCUAGCCGCUUGACUACAAUGUCAUUAAUUUCUCUCAUCACCUGUAUUCGAAAUUUGUUUUGGUUCGUGUGCCGUGCAUUUGUAGAAGUUGAAGGAGUCGUCGCAGAGGCUUGUUUGCGAGUGUAACUCAUUACACUCCUGUAUUAAGCCAUUUUUGACCGGACCGGGCCGAUCAUCAGAGAGAUAUGAAGAAGUUAUAUAUUUUUACGCGAUAAAAAUUCGUAGAGAAUGCAAAUUCGUUAUUGUAUUAUAACAUUGGUGGUCACUAUUAUUCUACAGACAAGGCGCUCACUGUAAGAAACUAUUAGUCUUUAAUCGGUGUAUAAUAUUUGGCGUCUUUUAUGAAUAUCGUGCCGAAAAUCAUGAGUGGUUGAUUGUUUACGAUAAAUAGCCUACUUGUUGAAAUAAUUUUAAAGAAUCAGAAACGUUCACUCAAUACUUGGGAACAUCUCCCGGUGUGAUUGAAUUUGAGAUUUAUGAUCAAACCGACGAAAUAUCAGAAAAGCAAAUUUACUUCUUUACUAUGCACCAAAAACAUUUGAUAUUCAAAAGAGCCAAUGUUAGUCGAAUUUUUUCAGAAAGUGGUUAUAGCCGUCAAAUUCAAGCAUUGGAUUAACUCUGUGAGCUAAAAAAUCAACACGCUAAUUUCCCGGAUUCGUUGCUGCAGUUCGAUGAUGAAAUCUUUUGAAUAAUGUUGUCGAUAUUUUAACAACGCAGUUGUUUUUGAGGUGCGGGGCACUUGUUACGCAUUUUACCUACGUAGGUACCUAAUUCCGAUGUACACAUAUACGUUGUUGAUCUCUGUUAGUUGAAUUAACGAACUAUCCGGUAUUCUGAUGAUAAGAGUGGAAUAAAAUUUAUGGUCUUGAAGAUGGAUCGUGACCCAUGUACUGUGGUUUUAUCGCAGCUUACCUGUAUUUUGAAAAAUGGAAGCAGCUAAUAUAAAAACGAUGGGCGCAACCAUUUUCAAAGCCUAUUAAGUCAUUCUGACAGAUUUCUCCCUCAACUCGAUUGUCUUAUUCAUGUUGGAAGAUUUUAACAUAUCUAAUAUUUAUGUCAUAUCCUUCACUAAGGCAUCACAGACCUGAGAGUUUUUGUGUCAAUAAUAUCUUCUGUAAGCUGAUUGUGAAUGUCUUAACGAUUUCACGACGUUUUGUAUUUCG